ACAAAAAAAACCCAGUGUUACUUGCAGACCAUCAUGGCUGUAUGCUUCUUUGAACGCCUCCUUUUUAGCUGUCUUGUGCUUGUGGUGGUAUGUGCCAAAGCUGAGCUUGGAAACACUGUGGGGUGCAUAGAAAGGGAGAGAGAAGCUCUGCUUCGCUUCAAACACGGCCUUGUGGAUGACUAUGGCAUUUUGUCUUCUUGGGACACAAGAGAUUGUUGCCAAUGGAAAGGAGUCCAGUGUAGCAACCAUACUGGUCAGGUGGUUGGGCUUUAUCUUCAGGAAGGUAGUCUGAGAGGGUUCAAUUCCAGAUACAGUUGGGAACAUGGCUUCUCUUGAAGAACUCUAUCUCCAUGACAAUAAACUUGAAGG